AUGCCAGGAACCUCACCAACCCAUCAACUAACUCAAGCAUCAAAAUCACAGAAAACUCCAUCUCCCCCGGAUACUCACCCAGUCGAUGUCCCCCCCAACGGCGGCUACGGCUGGAUCUGCGUCGCCGCCGUCGCAACGAUAAACGGGCAUACCUGGGGCUUAAACUCUGCCUACGCCGUCUUCCUCGCGCACUACCUCUCUACCUCCACUUUUCCCGGCGCAACACCGCUCCAGUACGCCUUCAUCGGCGGGCUAUCAAUCUCCCAGGCGCUCAUCGUCUCGCCCGUAGCCACAUACACAACCCGGCGCUUCGGCACGCGUACCACCCUCUUCAUCGGCGUGUUCUUCGAAACCGUAUCCUUCAUCGGCGCGUCCUUCGCGUCUUCCAUCUGGCACCUUUUCCUCAGCCAAGGCGUGUGUUUCGGAUGGGGAAUGGGCUUUCUCUUCGUGGGGUCCGUGGGCAUUGCAGCGCAAUGGUUUACCACGCACCGUAGUCUGGCCAAUGGGUGUUGUGCUGCGGGGAGUGGACUCGGCGGGCUGAUAUAUAGUCUUGCGGCGCAGGCGAUGAUUAGGGAUAUCGGGUUGCCGUGGGCGUUUCGUACGCUGGCGGUUGUUGCGGGGGUCGUGAAUAGUGUUUGUGCGUGCGUGAUUCGGGAUCGGAAUAAGGAGGUGGGGAGUAGGCAGAUCAGCUUCGACCACACCCUCUUCCGCAAACCCCAAUUCAUCGGCCUCCUCGCCUUCGGCGUCCUAAGCAUGCUCGGCUACAUAGUCCUCCUCUUCUCGCUCCCCUCCUACGCCCGCACAAUCGGGCUAACUGCCAACCAAGGCAGCAUCAUCGGCGCCGUCUUCAACCUGGGCCAGGCCCUCGGCCGGCCCCCCAUAGGCUACUUCUCCGACUCUAUAGGCAGGUUAAACAUGGCUGGCAGCAUGACGUUCCUCGUCGGCGUAUUUUGCCUGUUAAUCUGGAUCUUCGCGAAGAGCUUUGGUGUUCUGGUUUUCUUUAGUUUGGUGGGGGGUUGCGUGGCGGGCACGUUUUGGGCGACGGCGGCGCCGGUUACGACCGAGGUUAUGGGGUUGAGGGAUUUGCCGAGUGCGUUGAGUAUUACUUGGUUGGUGCUGGUGCUGCCUACUACUUUCUCCGAGCCCAUCGGCCUCGAGAUCGUCGCGUUCAACGGAGGGAGCUACACCGGUGCCAUCCUCUUCACGGGGUGGAUGUACAUCGGCGCUGCGGUUUGUUUGUGGAUGGUGAGGACGUGGAAGAUUGGCGAAGAUGAAGAGAAUGCUGCGGCGGCUGCGAAGGGGGGCGUUGAUCCCACAGUGGCUGAGGCGGAGAGCUUUCAACGGAGUCCGUUUGUGAAGAGGAUGUUUAUGAUUCGAAAGGUUUGA